AUGUCUUCUUUCACCUACAAUUUCUAUAACAGACCAACUAAACCCAAACCCUUUGUUUCAUCCAACAAAUCGUAUAAGACAACUUCUAUAACGGAUUUUUUUAAUGUAAGCGAAAAAACCGAAAAUGAAAACAUCGUAAACCAUGUCAAUACUAUAGAUAGUUAUUUUGAAAAAUCAACACUAAAAAAAGAAAAAGAUAAAAUCGAAAAUGACCAUUUAAAGAAUAAAGACAAUAUUUCUAAUAAUAAUAAUAUAAAUCAAAAUAAGAUCAACGACAACAAUAAUAUUAAUAAUAUUAAUAAUAAUAAUAAUAAUAAUAAUAAUAAUAAUAAUAAAAGUACAAGUCCCCAUAAUAAAAUAUAUAAGGAAGAAACUACAAAAAUUUCUCCAUUAGGAAAGAAAUUAAAAAAAUUAAAUUAUAGCGCUAGUAUAGACAAUGAAACUUUAAAUUUAAAUAAAAACAAUCUAGAUAUAUAUGAAAAUUCAGAUUAUCAACACGAUAAUGAAUUUUUAAAUAAAGAUAUAAAUAAUAAUAAUAAUAAUAAUAAUAAUAAUAAUAAUAAUAAUAAUAAUAAUAAUAAUAAUAAUAAUAAUAAUAAUAAUAAUAAUAAUAAUAAUAAUAAUAAUAAUAAUAAUAAUAAUAAUAAUAAUAAUAAUAAUAAUAAUAAUAAUAAUAAUAAUAAUAAUAAUAAUAAUAAUAAUAAUAAUAAUAAUAAUAAUAAUAAUAAUACUAAUAAUGUAAACAGCAGCAGUAACAUCACCAAUACCAACAAUAAUAAUAAUAAUAAUAAUAAUAACAAUAUCAAUAGUAAUAGCAAUAUCACCACAGGCAAUAUUUAUAGUGAUAAUAACAAUAUAAAAGAGAAAACAUCAAAUGAUGAUAGUUAUGAUAAUGAUAAUAAUGAUAAUGAUAAGAUACCUAAAAACAAGGGAUUCACUUCGUCCCUAUCAGUCCAUAAACAAAAUAUAUUACCUGUAAAUAAUAAUAAUAAUAAUUCAAAUAAUAAUGAAAUUAAAAAAGAUAGUAUUGAAAUAAUAGAAGAAGAAUGGACAGAGAUAAUUAAUGAUGAUUAUCAAUUAAAUGAAAAAACAUUUUCACAAAAUAAAACCAUUCAACAAAACUUUGUAAAUAUAAAUGAGAAAAAAUCAUUAGCAUUUUCUAAAUCAAAUGUUUCAAUAUCAACACCAUCAUUAACAUUAUCAUUAAAUAAAUUUUCAUCAUCAAUGUUAUCAUCAAAUACAAAUAAAUCAAUAAAUACAUCAAUUUUUCAAAAUAAACAACAACAACAACAACAACAACAACAACAACAACAAACAAACAAAAUUCCAUCAAUUGUAAAUAAUAAUAAUAAAACAUUAACACAAAAACCAAUUCAAACAUUACAACCUUCAUCAUUUAGUUUAAUGAAUAAAAGUUUAAAUAGUAACAAUAAUAAUAAAUUAUCAGCAAUGGAAAUGCUUGGUAAAAUAACAACAAAGAUUGAAAUAAAAGGUUUACCAUUUUCACAAAUUAAAGUAUCAGAGAAUUUAUCACAAGAACAAAGAGAUGUUUUAAAUUUAGUUGUAGGUGGUGAGAAUAUAUUUUUCACAGGUUCAGCUGGUACAGGUAAAUCAUAUCUACUUAAAGAGAUUGUACGUGUACUUAGAUUGAUGUAUCCAAAUUCAAUUUAUUUAACAGCAAGUACUGGUAUUGCAGCAUGUAAUAUUGGUGGUACAACCAUUCAUUCCUAUGGUGGCAUUGGUUUAGGUGAUAAAUCAGUACGUGAACAUGCCUCGGCCAUUCUAAAGAAUACUCAAUCGAAAACUCGUUGGCAAACUACAAAAGUGUUAAUCAUUGAUGAGGUUUCAAUGAUUAGUGCAGCAUUAUUGGAUAAAUUAGAGGCUAUAGCUAAAAUUGUAAAAAAUAGUAAGGAAAGAUUCGGUGGUAUUCAAGUGUUAUUAUGUGGUGAUUUUUGUCAAUUACCACCAGUUUCAAAGGCUUCAAAAGAUGAUCCAACUUCAAAGUUUUGUUUUAUGGCACAAUGUUGGGAUGGUUUAGUUGAUCGUUCAAUUCAAUUACGUAAGGUAUUUAGACAAAAGGAUCAAUAUUUCAUUGAUAUCCUAAAUAAACUUAGAAUGGGUAUAGUCGAGGAUGAAUCAAUCGAGGUUUUAAAUCAAUGUUUUGGUAGACAAUUAUCAGUGGAUGAUGGUAUAGUACCAACGAUUCUAUAUCCUCAUAGGGAUAAAGUUAACAAUGAAAAUGAACAUAGACUAUCCAUACUAAACACAGAGGCAAGAAUUUAUAAAGCAAAUGAUAAUUUUCAACCAAACUAUGCCGACUCUUUAAAGAAUUGUCCUGCACCAGAGACUUUAACAUUGAAAAUUGGUGCUCAAGUUAUAUUGAUUAAAAAUUUAGAUAUGGAGAAUGAAUUAGUUAAUGGUUCUCGUGGUGUAGUGAUCGAUUGGACUGAUUCUUCUUUGUCACCAUCAAAAGAAGAAUCAUUACCAAUAGUAAAGUUUACAAAUGGUUUAACUCGUAUCAUUGGAAGAGAAGUUUGGAGAAAUGAAUUUGGUGAAAUUGUAAUUUCAUCUCGUCGUCAAAUACCUUUAAUGUUGGCUUGGGCAUUAUCAAUUCAUAAAAGUCAAGGUAUGACCAUCGAUAAAUUGGUCAUCAAUUUAGAUGGUAUCUUUGAAAAUGGUCAAACCUAUGUUGCUCUAUCUAGAAGUUCAGGUUUAAAUGGUUUACAAUUAGUUUCAAAAUUUAAAAAAUCUCAUAUAAAAGUUGAUGAAAAUGUUAAAACUUUUUAUCAUUAUUUAAAGUAA